GGCAUGAUUUGCAGUUUCUAGUAUCUUUAUGAAGCCAAAUUUCGUUUCAUUUUCGGUCAACUAAAAAUUGAAACCCCGCACCAACAAACAGAAUCAGUGAAUCCUUUUUUUUAACGAAAGACGACCUAAAAUGAGCAUAACUUCGGCCGCUGGAAUAAUUUCUUUGCUCGAUGAGCCGAUGUCGGACUUAAAGGUCUUCGCUUUAAAAAAGCUUGACCACAUUGUUGAUGAGUUCUGGCCAGAAAUUUCUGAAUCAAUUGAGAAGAUUGAAAUGCUUCACGAAGAUAAAAAUUUUUCUGAAAAUAAAUUGGCUGGUAUGGUUGCCUCUAAGGUUUUUUACCAUUUGGGUUCCUUUGAAGAUGCCCUAACGUACGCAUUGGGAGCAGGUGACUUGUUUGAUGUGAAUUCACGAAACGAGUACACGGAGACUAUUAUUGCAAAAUGCAUCGAUUUUUACAUAGCCCAACGAGUAGCGUUCAUUGAAAAUCCCAAGGAAGCCAAGGCUGUAGAUGCUCGGCUCGAGGCUAUAGUAAACAGGAUGAUACAGCGUUGCUUGGAUGAUGGGCAGUACCGCCAGGCCUUGGGAAUAGCUUUGGAAACGAGACGUAUGGAUAUAUUUGAGUCGUCUAUAAUGAAGUCCGACGAUGUUAGUGGUAUGCUGGCGUACGCUUACAAUGUCACAAUGUCUUUAAUACAAAACCGAGGAUUUCGGCAUGAGGUGUUGCGAUGCUUGGUUGGACUAUAUCGUGACUUGGGUGUACCCGACUAUGUCAAUAUGUGUCAGUGCUUGAUAUUCCUUGAAGACCCUUUAGCUGUAGCUGAAGUCCUGGAUAAAUUAACCAGGUCCUCGAAAGAAGCCAAUAACUUGAUGGCCUAUCAAAUAGCAUUUGAUUUAUAUGAAUCUGCAACGCAGGAAUUCCUAGGAAAUGUUUUGCAGGCUCUAAAGGAGACUGCUCCUAUACCCACAGCAUUGCCGAGCAUAUUUAAACCACAGGGUACCAGUUCAUCCGCUUCAAAAAGUGAUGAGGACAAGAUAAAAGAGGAGCCGGCUAAAGUUGAGGAGUCAACAGAUGGAAAGGUUGAACGUACAGUAGACUCAUUAAAUGACUCCGAAAAGGCUCACCAAAAAAAUAUUGAAAAGUUAAUUUCUAUACUAUCGGGUGAGGUGACUAUUGAUUUGCAAUUACAAUUUUUAAUACGAAGCAAUCAUGCUGAUUUGCAAAUUCUACGAGCUACUAAAGAGGCAGUGCGAGUAUCGAUUUGUCACACGGCCACUGUUAUUGCCAAUGGAUUUAUGCACGGAGGAACUACCUCAGAUCAAUUUUUAAGAGAUAAUCUCGAUUGGUUAGCAAGGGCGACGAACUGGGCUAAACUAACAGCGACAGCUUCUUUGGGCGUUAUUCAUCGUGGUCACGAAAAGGAUUCUUUGGCCUUGAUGCAAAGUUAUUUGCCAAAAGAAGCAGGUCCUAGUUCCGGAUACUCAGAAGGAGGUGGCCUUUAUGCCUUGGGGUUGAUUCACGCCAACCAUGGAGCAAAUAUAAUUGAUUAUUUGCUGCAGCAGUUGAAGGACGCUCAAAAUGAAAAUGUGCGACAUGGAGGUUGUUUAGGACUCGGUCUUGCUGCUAUGGGCACACAUCGUCAGGAUUUAUAUGAGCAGUUAAAAUUUAAUUUAUACCAGGACGAUGCAGUGACCGGUGAAGCCGCCGGUAUCGCAAUGGGUAUGGUAAUGUUGGGUUCUAAAAAUUCCCAAGCUAUAGAAGAUAUGGUUUCAUAUGCACAGGAGACACAACAUGAAAAAAUUUUACGUGGCUUAGCUGUUGGAAUUUCUUUAACAAUGUUUUCCCGCCUGGAAGAAGCCGAUCCUUUAAUAACCAGUCUAUCAACCGACAAAGACCCUGUUUUGAGGCGCUCUGGUAUGUACACAAUAGCCAUGGCGUACAAUGGUACUGGAAGCAAUAAGGCUAUAAGAAAGCUGUUACACGUGGCUGUGUCAGAUGUAAAUGACGAUGUCCGGCGUGCGGCUGUAACCGCAAUUGGUUUUAUUUUAUUCCGCACCCCAGAACAAUGCCCCUCUGUAGUAAGCCUUUUAGCAGAAUCGUAUAAUCCGCAUGUCCGUUACGGAGCCGCUAUGGCAUUAGGAAUUGCAUGUGCCGGUACUGGUCUAAGAGACGCCAUAGCACUAUUGGAACCCAUGGCUAGAUUGGAUCCAGUUAACUUUGUAAGGCAAGGUGCACUUAUAGCAUCAGCAAUGAUACUAAUUCAACACACCGACCAGACAUGUCCUAAGACUACUUUCUUCCGUUCAUUGUACGAUGAAGUUAUUUGCAAUAAACAUGAAGAUGUCAUGGCAAAAUUCGGUGCAAUUUUAGCACAGGGUAUUAUUGACGCUGGCGGCCGCAAUUGCACAAUAUCAUUGCAGUCCCGCACCGGCCAUACUAAUUUGCAAGCUGUAGUUGGUACUUUAGUUUUUACACAAUAUUGGUAUUGGUUUCCCCUGGCACAUGCGCUCUCAUUGGCUUUUACUCCAACUUGUGUUAUUGGUUUGAACUCUGAUUUAAAGAUGCCACAGAUGAAAUUCAAGUCAGCUGCUAGACCCUCGAUUUAUGCAUAUCCGGCCCCAUUGGAAGAAAAGAAGUCCGAGGAACGUGAAAAAGUCGCCACAGCCGUGUUAUCUAUUGCUGCUCGCCAGAAAAGACGCGAAACUGCCGACAAAAAGGAAGACGAUAAAAUGGACGUUGACCCAGAGGAAAACAAAGAAAUACCAUCAACAUCGAAGAAAGAAGAAGAGCAGAAGUCUGAUGAUAAAGCAAAUAAAUCGGACGAUAAGAAGAAAAAAUCGGAAACCCUAAAGAAGGAUGAUGACAAAGAAAAGGACUUAUCUUCUACAGAAAAGGACAAAGAGAAGAAAGAUGAUAAAGACAAAAUGGAAAAAGAGCCUAAAUUCGAGAUUUUGGAAAAUCCGGCUCGUGUAAUGCGCCAACAAUUAAAAGUUUUAAGUGUGGCUGAAAAUCAGUCAUAUGUUCCUCUGAAAGAUGUUACCAUUGGCGGCAUUAUUGUUAUGCAGCACACAGGCAAAACAAAGGAACAGAAACUGGUAGAGCCAGUAGCAGCCUAUGGCCCUAAGAACGACGAUGUGAAAGAACCUGAGCCCCCAGAGCCAUUUGAAUAUAUUGAAGAUUAAUUAUUUAUAAAACAUUUCUUAUAUUCGCAAUAUUGCAACAUUUAAUCAAUAAACACAACACAACAUUA